AUGCACACGAACCCGUUCCAGGCCCUUCUGAACGAUUACCACCAAGACCGAGAGAAGCAAGAGCACCACAACUUUAUCGAGGAGGAGAAGAGGCGGCAUGCCAGCUUGCCGGGCAGGGGCGCCGAAUGGCGGACUUUCCUCGUAGCGCCGCGCCGAGCAGCCAGCCGCGCCUCGUCCUCCUCCUGCUCCUCCCUGCGCUGCUGGCCGGCCACCAUGACCCCCGACACCUCCGCCUCGCCGCGGGGCCUCCGCCUCCCCGUCUUCAGCUUCGACGCCAUCCACCGCCCGUUCUGCGCCUCACCACCCACCACCACCAUGGCCACCACCUCCUGGACGCCCGCGCCACCUUCAUUGACGCCCUGGUCGUCAUCAUCUUCAUCGUCGGCUUCAUCGUCUUCGUGGUCCCUCCAGCCGCCCAGCCGGGUGCACGCCGACGUGUCGGCGCCGCAACGGCCUCCGCGUCGUGGUCGCCUGGUCCUGCCGGCCCUGGCCGACCCAGAGCCUGCUGCGCGAAGGGAAGAGGCCGCCAAUGUCGUCAGCGUCGGCGAUCCCAGCAGCAGCAGCCCGGCGGCGGCGGCGGAGGAAUCGGCGGACUGUGCGCUGCUGUCGCUCGUCACGCUCUCGUGCUCGACGAGCCCAGCCGCGUCGCCCGUGCGCCAGCCAUCGACGCGCCUCCUCCGCGCCGCGAGCGCCUGCGAGACAUUCGCAACAGAACUGCGGAAGAAGAAGAGGAAACGAGAAGACGCGGCCCACAACAACCACGACGAGCUGACCGGUCGACCACCGCGGUCGGGCGGUGGACUUCAAGGCGGAGUCGACCAUGGCGAUAACGAAGACGCAGAGAUGCGUCGGCACGCGGUCGUCGUCGCUGGUGACCGCGCGCACAAGAGGCGCCGCGUCGAGAGGCUGAUGAGUGUCGGCCAGGCACACGAUGGAGACGACGAAGAAGAGAACGCCGCGGGCCGAGCGAUCGACGGCGAGCGGCCGCAGGAGGUGCAGGGCACGGAGGACAGCGACGUCGAGGCGGACCACCAUGAAAACGAAGCCGAUCACAGCAACGGUGGCGCCCAAGACGACGUCGGCAGCGAGGCGGCCGGAGAAGACCACUACGACGAGCGCGAACUGGGCAUCCUGAUGCUGGGCGAGGAGAGCGCCAACGAAGAAGAAGACAACGACAACGACGACGAACAAGAUGCGCUUGACGAGUCACGUCGCCAGCACCAGCACCAACACCAGAAGACGGUGAUGGAGAUGGAGAUGGUGACGGAGACCACGAGCCCGCACCCACCACCGGCCUCUGGACGCCGCGGGCCGCGCCGAAUCUGGGCCUCGAUCAGCGCCCGCGAGCUGGAGGGACUUAGGCUGUACGCUCCGAUGCCGACCGGCUCCCGCCGCACUCGCGUGUCGCGCAUGGGCCUGCACCACUUCUUCCACCGCGCCCACCCCGCCAGAGGCCCCUCAACGCUCGCCUCUUGA